AUGCAUUAGUGCGAAGGCUUCUCCGAUUAGUGGGCAGCGAACAUGGCGCAAAUCUGAUGUUGGAGCUGGGGGUGUGAUCGAGCUGCCUGAAGGCUGGAUGAACUGGGUGGGUGAAGAGUGUGCUACGGCGAACUGAAAUCCGAGGUGUGGAGGUUUAGAUUCUGCGAAGAAAGAGCCUUGAUUCACAUUGAAGCUUCGCGUGCAGUGAAAUCGGCGAAAAUGGCACAUGUGCGUCGUCUGAAUGGGAUCGCCCGCCAUCUGGAAUGUCCAUCAGCAAUUUCCUUUCAACUGAAGGUGGGAGAGAGUACUUGCUCCAGUAGAAAAGCACGCCCUGUUGUGAUUGGUGGAAUGGUUCUGGAUAUCCAGGCGACUCCCGUGAGGCAUGACAUUCAACCUGGGACCACGACUCCUGGUGAGGUCUGAUGGAGCGACUUGCAGGUUUGCUAUGUCAGAGGCGGCGUUGGGAGAAAUAUCGCUGAAUGUAUGGCUAAGCUAGGCACAGAACCCUUCUUGAUAAGUGUGGUCGGAGAUGAUUUUGCAGGAAACUUGUUAAUAGAUCAUUGGCGAUCUCUUGGUCUUCCGGUGAACGGUAUACGGGUAUGCGUUGGUAUUUCUACGCCGGUCAUCUCGGCUGUGUUUGAUCGGACCGGAGAGUUGGCAGCUGCUGUGGCAGACACACGUGCAGUUGAGGAUUACUUGACAGAGGAAUGGAUUGUUAAAUUUACCGGAGAAAUCCAGCGUGCUUCAGUUCUUCUCGUCGAUGCUAACUUAGACCCUUUGGUUAUCAAGCUAGCCUGUGAAGUGGCAAGCGAUGCUGAUGUUCCAGUUUGGUUUGAACCCGUAUCAGUGGCAAAGUCUGUGAGAGCAACCGGUUGUCUUUCGUCUAUGUCGUAUAUUUCACCCAACGAGGCAGAGUUGGUUGCCAUGGCCAAUGCUCUUCAUCCGACGCAAUUUUCAAGUGAAAAGAGGAGAGGGUCAAUGUACGUGGUUACAAUAGGGGAUGAAAUGUCUCGGAACAAUGUUUAUACCGUGAUCUACAAAUUGAAGGAUUGCAUCAGAAAGCUUCUGCACGCUGGUGUGAUGUACAUUAUCCUCACAGUAGGUAGUUUAGGGGCUGUGUGGUGCUCAAUGGACCUUGCUGGGGAGAUUUCGUGUCUUCACAUUCCUGCAUUGCAAGCAUCAGUUGUGAAACUCAGUGGUGCUGGAGAUUCUCUCGUCGCUGGGACUUUGGCAGCAUUGUCCAACAAUAUCACAACGUUUCGAGCAUUAGCGUAUGGAGUGGCUGCUGCAAAGUUGACCGUGGAGUCCGACAUGAAUGUGCCUCAAACCUUGUCUUGGACGGCGAUCUCUGAUCACACUGAAGGACUCUUACUGCUUGAGACAAAAAAUGGGAGUCACCUGGGCGAAAGACUACUAGUGGAACAGUGUUAAGAAACGGAGCAGUUUAUUUUCCGUGAGCAGAAUGAGACGGAUGCAUUCCUAUACAUGCCGAAGACAAGAAGUUUAUACAGGAGCAAAUAUACUGCUACGCAUUUGACAGCAGUAGUUUGACAGCUUUUUUCACAAAUGAGGAAUGGGGAAAUACAUACGCUGUUGUACAGGUUUCACACUUUAUUCAAAAGACUGAGGCAAAUUUCGAGGACCUCUUUAGUUGUAGUUUAGCAAGAAGUAUCAAGCAUUGUGAUCGAACUUGAGUUGAACAUACACGUUUGUAAUUCUGCAUUUUUUUUACGACUAAAAAUAUCCA